CUUAUUUUCCUCACUGUAUAUAUGUAUAUUUGUACGAUUGCUUUUUAGUUUUACUUUCGAGAUUUGCGAUUGCACAAUCCGUUUAUACUACAGAGCGGCAGUACUUACCAUACAUUUUACAAGAUUAGAUGUUUGUCAGUGGUGCUGAGUAUCUGCAAAUCAUUCGCCAUCAUUCCUUACUCUGUUUAUGUGGUAGGUGAAAUUUUAUGUACUGUAAAGUAACAGGCAACCGUUAGCAAUCGUUAUGUGUUUCCCGUGUCCUUCUGAAUACGGAUUCAUGCUUUGAGCUUUUUUUGGGCAGGUUUUGACGGUGUUUUUUUCCUCUCUCAAAGCCGUGGGUACCAUUGACUGACUUUACAUUACUGACAGACUGCAACGAUUUGAGGUCAAAUCUUCGUUUGUGUUCUACUGAAGAAACAAAUUCACCUACAUCUUGGAUACCCUUGGGGAAACCACACAUCUGCUCAGUCAAACCUGGAGCCUCAUUUGAGUAAGGCUCUCAUCACAUGGACAGACACUGGACACUCACUGACGCUAAUAAAUCAUCAGAGUGAAGUACAGUCCAUCACACAAUGGCAGCACUGAAAAGUGAAUUCUCAGGUUCCAAAGAAAGUUGUCCAAACUUGCCUAUGGGAAAUGGUGAUAUGGCUGGUGCUAUCGAGCUGAAGAGGCCCGUUGGAACACAUUGCCAUGGAAAAAAAGCAGCAUUUGAUGACAGCCAUGAGAAACUCGUAGCUAAGAAGAAACUGUACAUUGCUUCCAUAGUCUGUCUGAUUUUCAUGAUUGGAGAAGUUAUAGGUGGUUAUCUAGCCCACAGCUUGGCCAUUAUGACUGAUGCAGCCCACCUUCUGACGGAUUUUGGCAGUAUGAUGGUCAGUCUUUUCUCCUUGUGGAUCUCCUCAAGACCACCAACCAAGAUAAUGAACUUUGGCUGGCACAGAUCAGAGAUUCUGGGAGCCCUGGUAUCUGUGAUAUCCAUCUGGAUCGUGACUGGGGUGCUGGUGUAUCUUGCCAUUGAGAGGGUAGUAAAAAAUGAUUACGAAAUUGAAGGCUAUGUGAUGCUCAUCACCUCAGGUUGUGCAGUCGUGGUCAACAUCAUAAUGGCCUACAUUCUACACCAUUCCACGACCUUCCAUAGUCACGGUUCAGGCUACCACAAGAUUGAUGAGAACGGGAUGAGCCCUGUCAGCCAUGGCCACUCCCACAGCCUCCUGGGUAAUCACGGGAACACCAGUGUCAGAGCAGCAUUUAUUCAUGUUUUGGGGGAUCUCUUACAGAGCUUUGGAGUGCUGGUGGCCGCCAUCAUUAUCUACUUCAGGCCAGAAUACAAAGUAGCCGAUCCUAUUUGCACUUUCCUCUUCUCCGUGUUCGUCCUGGGCACUACAAUUACCAUCCUGAGAGAUGUCUUCCGCAUUCUCAUGGAGGGGGCACCCAAAGGAAUAGAGUUUAAUUCAGUGAAGGAGGUUCUGCUGUCUCUGAAAGCAGUGAAGGCCAUGCAUAGCCUACAUCUAUGGGCUCUCACCAUUGGCCAGAGUCUGCUGUCUGUUCACAUAGCUAUUGAGGAGAAUGCUGACCCUCAUAGUGUCUUAAAGGAAGCCACUGAACUGCUUCAGACCAAAUUUGGCUUUUACAGCACAACCAUUCAAGUGGAGCCUUAUUGCGAGGACAUGAUCCACUGCGCCCAGUGCCAGGACCCUAUGGACUAAGUUCUCCAAGCGCAUCGGUGAGAGGAGGCUGCCUGUAUAAAAUGUAUGCACACAUAUUAAGCUUCAUUGAGGGUCCAAGCCAGAAAUGGAAACACUGUGCAAAUGUAUCAUCUACAUAUCAUUACGAAUAAGUACAUGCCAAAUGCAUUUUUAUCGAUUAACAAGGAAAUAAAAAAAGAAGAAGAUUUCACACUGUGCCAUCUUAAAACUGCAUCUUCAGCAUCAAAAAUGCAUUGGUUUAUGGGAGGAAUAGCUUUAAAAUGAAGUGUUGAUGUUUAGUUUUACAUACUGUAUGCAAAGAUAAACUGAAUUGAGCAGCAGCACAUAAAUAUGAGGCCUGGAGGCAUCACUGUGAGCCUUUUUAUUGUGACUUUGCAAAGUCUUGCUUGGCCGGCUGGCAUCGUACAUUACAGCAGAAGUGUACUGUAAUUGUCUGUCUGUGGUCUUGGGAGGGUAAAAGAUGGGUAUUGACAUGACUUCCUUAAAAACAAUUAAAAUAGGGUUUAUUAUGCCCCAGCCAGCCUUUACGUCCGCUGUCAGCAUGGUUCUCUAAUCAAUGUGAAUGUCCGCCAAACUGUGGCAUGUUGUUGUAGGGCUUAAAAAGAGAUUGUGCUCAAGUGUAAUUAUGGAUUUUGUUGGCGAUCUCUCACUAAUGUCUUGUCUCAUGGUCCAAUACUAUUUGCAAAAGAAAGCGGGUGAUUAACUGUUCUUCCUCACUGACUGCGAUAGUGAAGGUGCUGUUGUGGUUUUCAUGUGGCUUUGAAAGAACAGUGGAGACAAAAUGGCUGAUGAAUGAAACAACUAAGAGUGAUAUUAAAGGUGAAGUGUGUAACUAUCCUGGUUUAGAGAUUAGUAUAAGUAAAACAUUUGUAGGAUAUCCCAACAAAUUCAUUGGUGGUGAAGCUGAAUUUUCAGCAGCCAUUAAUCCAGUCUUCAAAGGAAUAAAUUGCAUUUUAAAAUAUUAAUAAAUAGCAUAAUUAAAAUAGUAACGUUUUUUUUUUUUUACUGUUUUCAUUUCCACUCUAUCAACAUUUCCCUGAAUUAUUAUUUGAUCAGACUGUCAAAAGUGAUAUAAAAUGCAAUUUUAUACCAUAUUUAGAUAAGAGGACGCCACUUGCUGAUUUAUACAUGCAGUGUAGUACUAACAUCCUAACUAACAAAUUUCUGGAUGUAUAGAAUAUUUUGAUGUACUACAUUUGCAAAGUAUGCAGAAUACAACAGAGCACUGUACUGUUUUCCAGCAUUAAUGCAAUUAAAUUGACCUUCCAUCCAAUGUGAUGAACUAAGUGGUAGCAAUAUCAACUAUCAUUUUUAUACUUUUUGCCUCAUUAUUUGAACAAACUGAUGAAAAAGAUAUUUUUACACACCAAUUGAUUAAAACUGUAGAAUAUACAGUACAGAUAUAGUACUAUUAAAUACUGCAUUCUAAGCAUAGUUUGAACAACAACAGAAAAGGAGUGGAAGAAAAAAAAUGUUUGGACUAAAUCAUUAAUUUUGCAGUCUUAGAUGGCGCUAGUAGUGGCACAGAAAUUACACACUUCACCUUGCUAGGAUGCUGUUGUGGGUCACUCUGGUGAUAAUCUCAUGUCUUCAGGCUCUGUCCAGCUGUGGUCUGCGGUGACGGUGACAGACACACACACACACACGUUUUGCACAGGAUUUCCAUCUCUGAUCUCAGUGCCGCCACACUGCCGCAAUGACUCUAUGACAUUCCAGCAAGUGGUGCAACACAUUUCUCAUGUCUCUGUAGUUCAACACUGAGGUCAAAGCAGUAACAUACAAUAAUGAAGCACAUGAUUUCUGAAUGUCUUUUAAAAAACAUUUUCCAUUUUAACCACGGUUUUCUUUUAAUUCUUACUUUGGUAACAACUUUUAGAGCCCCUAAAUGUGCACUAAUGUUCAUUUUACAUUAUAUGUGAAGAUUUUAUAUAAAUAGAACACAGAAUAUGAUUUUAAACUAAUAAAAGACACACUUGACAGAUGAUUAUUGUGUUUUAAAGCUUGUGUCUACUGAUAAAAUGUAGCCAUUGUGAUCUGUUGUGGUGUUGUGAAAGAGUUUUAAAGGUUUGCUUUGCAUGGUUGCUUUGUUUUUGUUUUUUGUUUUUUUAAAGUGACAGCGAUUUAAAUGGCCAGUCAUCAUAAAUGAUCAACCUAAGGACCUCGCAAUCUCACUGAAAUUCAUUGAAUUCUAUAUUUUGUCUAUUUGUUUUGAUAAAAUGAAUAUAUAUUUUAAAUGUGAAUAUCACAGUCAUUUAUAAAACAAGAGAGAGCGAACAAAAUGAUAAUAUGAAAGGACCAAUGCCAUAAGCAGUAUAUUUUUGAUAAUGUUGGGGUUGAUGUGCCAAAGUUCUGCAUUAAAAUGUACUUUUAGAGGGACCACAGUGACAAUUUACUGUGAUUAGGAGAGCUAUUCCUGUUAUGCUGGACAUUUAACUAUUUCUAUUAAAGGGAUUAGCUGCCAUAUAUAUAUGUGACCCUGGACCACAAAACCAGUCUUAAGUCGCUAGGGUGUAUUUGUAGCAAUAGCCAAAAAUACAUUUUAUGGGUCAAAAUUAUUGAUUUUUCUUUUAUGCCAAAAAUCAUUAGGAUAUUAAGUAAAGAUCUUGUUCCAUGAAGAUAUUUUGUAAAUUUCUUACCGUAAAUAUAUCAAAACUUUUGAUUACUAAUAUGCAUGGCUAAGGACUUCAUUUGGACAAAUUUAAAGUCUAUUUUCUCAAUAUUUUGAUUUUUUUUGCACCCUCAGAUUCCAGAAUUUCAAAUAGUUGCAUCUCGGACAAAUAUUGUCCAAUCCUAACAAACCAUACAUCAAUGGAAAGCUUGUUUAUUCAGCUUUCAGAUGUUGUAUAAAUAUUAAUUUCGAAAAAUUGACACUUAAGACUGGUUUUGUGGUCCAGGGUCACACACACACACAUAUAUAUAGCCAUUGCUAGGGAUUAAGAGUUAUCUUACAUUUAGUUGCUGGUAUGAACGAAAUUUCAAUGGUCAAUAAAGAUGAAGCACCACUAAACCGAGUAGUUUUCUUGGUCAACAAGUUUGUGAGACCUAUUUCACCCUCAGGUGAAACUUCCAUUCCCGCGAUAUUCCUAAUGACUGGAUUCGCCCGCGAAAUUUCGUUGAGCAACGGUAUUAGUGACCGAACCUUUAUAAGUUAUUUUCUAAAACUGUCUUCUCAAGUGACUUAUAUUAGAUCUAUUUGGUAAUUUUAUCAAACAGCACAUAAUAUUUUAGAGAGACAACCACAAAACAAAAGAGAAUUAAUCAAAUCUAUCGCGAAUAGGCUACUUACCGCUUUCGCUGUUUUUCACUUCCUGCAUGUCAUAAGGGAUUAGCUUUUGUGAAAGGCUCUAAUUAAAGAGAAAACCUAUUAAUUGAUUAUUAAAAUAACGGACACGAAAUAUUUCCUUAUAAAUAGCCCCUUUUCCAUAUGAAAAGCAUUAUAAAAUAAAACUAAUAUGAUUCACAUCUUAAAUUAUGAGUAUAUUUUAUUUAAUAUUAUUAAAACACAUGUACUGAAAAUGUACUGCAUAACAGGAAUAACCUGCAUGUGUUCAUAUGCUUCAGAGUUUAAGGGUUUUUAAUUAAAAUGUUGUUCCAGGACCAGCAAAAGACUUUGAUCCAGUCUUCUUACUUGCAUUUUUAAACAUAAGGUUGUAUAGCUUAUGCAACCUUACAUCUCUGGGAAACAAUCGAUAAUCAGAUAUUCUUAAAGUAAAGUAAAAUACAUAGGAUUCAUAUUAGGCAUACAACUAGACAGAGGAAAAACCUAGUAUUAUUUGCUAGAAUAAGUCGGAGACGUAGUUUGAAUAUUGCACAUGCAGUGUCAACUCAAAAGGUAAGAUGAAUAUGACAAAUCCAAAAUCAAAUUUCAUAUGCAGGUGCACUCAACCUAAUGGAAGGUUCAAAACUGAUAGCAGAGCGUGAGAUGGUACAUCAUCGGUCAUGUUUUUGACAUGUUCUGCAUUUUGUGUCAUGAACUGAAAGAUAUUAAUGUUGUUCCGUGGAAACUGUAAAUAAUCUACAUGAUUAUUUUUGUCGUGCCUCAGAUUUGUGUAUGUGUACAGUAUAUAAAUUUGCUUCUUGUAUAAAUGUAUCCGUCUAUAAAAGUCCAGUGUGUAAAUGUUUUAUCCUUUAUGUGACUACAUAAAGCCACUAUAUAACCAGAUGGAUAUUUAAUUUUUACAUGCUUUUAAUUUUAUAUCUGUCACAUAAUGUGUAUGAUUUUUGUAAUCUGUA